CGGAGGUAUAGCGGCGGCGGCACCAUGAUCAGCUCCGGCACGAUCCCGUUCGUGAUCCCCAAGUGGGGCGCCUUCCUGUUGGCGCAGUUGCUGUCCAUGCUGCAGAUGAGCCAGCCACCCGACAUGAACUACUACCACACCGAGAAGCUGCACGAGGAGUACGACUACGUCAUCGUCGGUGGUGGUUCGGCGGGCUGCGUCCUGGCCAACCGACUGUCUGCCGACCCGGCGGUCACCGUCCUGCUGAUCGAGGCCGGCGGACCGGAAGACGCCACGACAGAAGUGCCUAUCUACGCGCUCCUCCAUUACCACGGACCCUACGACUGGAACUACGUCACCGAGCCGCAGGAGCACUCCUGUCUGUCUCUGAAGGAGAAGCGCAGCCCGUGGCCGCGAGGCAAAGCUCUUGGUGGAUGCAGCGUCAUCAACUUCAUGCUGUUCGUGCGGGGCAACCGGCGCGACUACGACAGCUGGGGCCACGACUACGGCGUCAAGGGAUGGAGCUACGACGAGGUGCUGCCCCACUUCAAGAACAUCGAGAAGUGCCACAUCAGGGAGUACUCGGACAACGGCUAUCAUGGUACACGCGGUGAGAUGCCCUGUGCGUACGCCAACUCCCAUUCCCCUGUGAGUGACGUGUUCCUGGAAGCUGGCCAAGAACUAGGCUACCCCCUCGUCGACUACAACGGGCCCAGCCAGACAGGCAUGUGGUUUCUCUCUGUCUCAUUUCCGAUGUCACUGGAAGUGCAAAGUCGGUUGGGGUUUGCUCGAUUACAGACGAACGUGCUGGGUGGGACCCGCCACAGUGCGUGCAAGAACUUCAUCAAACCGGUGAUAGCACGUCGGAGAAACCUGCACAUAUCUCUCUUGUCUCACGCCACCAAGGUGCUGUUCGAGGGCCACCGUGCCAUAGGCGUGCAGUUCGAGCACGGCGCGGACAAGAAGCAAGUGCGCGCCCGGCGGGAGGUGAUCAUAUCCGCGGGCGCCAUCGGGACUCCGCACUUGCUACUGCUCUCCGGCAUCGGACCCCGCAAGCAGCUCGAGGAGUUUGGGAUCCCCGUGGUGGCAGACCUGCCCGUGGGCGAGAACCUGCAGGACCACAUAUUCGUCGGCGGCAUCGCGGCGACCACCAAGAAGCGCUCCGAGCUCCAGCUCAACAGCGCCUCCAUCAUAAUCAACUACGCUUUCCGCAAGGAAGGGCCAUUUGCCGUACCGGCCGCCAUCGAGACGGUGGCCUUCGUCAGCACCUCCUACGUCAACGCCAGCCUGGACUUUCCGGACGUCGAAAUAGUGCUGCUCUCGGUGUCGCCGGCCAGCCAAGAAGGAGAACGCUUUAUGACCGACACCGGGCUCACAAAAGAGGCGUACGAGAAGUACUACCGCCCCAAGCGGCACCAGUACGGUUUCCAGCUGGCGCCCAUCCUGAACCGGCUCAAGUCUCGCGGAUACAUCCGGCUGCGCAGCACCGACCCGGACGACGCGCCCAUUAUCGACCCCCGGUACUUUAGCCACCCGGAAGACAUCAAGGUGGCAGCGGAAGGCGCCCGCAUGGCGGUGGAGAUCCUGCGGACCGAGGCGUUCGCGAAGCUGGGCACCAAGCUGUGGAACGUCCCUUUCCCGGGGUGCGAGGAGGCCGGCGAGAUGUGGAGCGAGCCGUACCUCGAGUGCCUGGCGCGACACCACACCUCCACCGUGUGGCACCCGUGCUGCACCUGCCCCAUGGGGGAGGACCACCGGGCCGUCGUCGACAGCAGGCUCAGGGUACGAGGCGGAGUGGAGUCCCUGCGCGUGGUGGACGCUUCCGUGAUGCCCACCAUCGUGACGGCAAACCUCAACGUCCCCGUGCACAUGAUCGCCGACAGGGCGGCCACGCUCAUACGGGAGGACUACGGGGCCGCCUACCCUUCGUCCAGACGUUCCCGUCCCCGCAGUCCGAUCUCGAGAAUCCUGUCGUGGGCGUCGAGAACGUGAAACGAUCCGUCGAUUAAAAUCACAACGCUCGCCAACCUUCCUUACGUGCCUUACG